GGUAUAAAUUGGCUGCGUCAGUCGAAAUAUGAGCCACACCUAUUCGAACUGUCAAGAUGAAUUCUACUACUUCUGUUAUCUGCCUAUUGGCUCUUGUGCUAAGCACCACUGAUGUAUAUGGGGCAACUCAUAUCGGAAUAUUCAAGAGUGAUGAUCAUCCGGGAAAAUGUGUGCUUGAUGCCGAUACAAUCUUAGAUGAGGGCCAAGUUAUAACACGUAAUUGCGAACGCGUCUCUUGUGGCUCUGAAGGAUUUGUAGAAUUUGCCGGGUGUGGUGUAAAAGGUGUUUCAAAGCCCUGCACUCUGGGCGAAUUUAAGUAUCCCAAAGCGGAUUAUCCCAAAUGUUGCAUCAAUGUGUUGCAUUGUCCAGAUGGAGAUAGUUUAGUUUAAGUUUUUUUUAAUAAAUAAAAAAAUUAAAAAUAAAAAAUAAGCGCUAUUUAAAAUAAUAAUGAGCUUCGUUGCUAAGAAUUGAGACUAGGUUAUUUUUACUAAAUUUAUAGCGUUGUUUCUUAACAAUUGUAAUCGAUAUUUAACAUCAAGUAAUGAAUAUAAACAAGAUCAAGCUGCUAUUGACUUUG